GCUUGGCCUACGCAGGCGCAAGCCGGCAAGAUGGCGGCGGCGGGAGCGGGCCGUCUGAGGCGAGCUGCGUCGGCCUUGCUGCUCCGGAGCCCGCGCCUGCCCGCCCGGGAGCUGUCAGCUCCGGCCCGGCUCUAUCAUAAGAAGGUUGUUGAUCAUUAUGAAAACCCCAGAAAUGUGGGGUCUCUUGACAAGACAUCUAAAAAUGUCGGAACUGGAUUGGUGGGGGCUCCAGCAUGUGGUGAUGUAAUGAAAUUACAGAUUCAAGUUGAUGAAAAGGGGAAGAUCGUGGAUGCCAGGUUUAAAACAUUCGGCUGUGGUUCUGCAAUUGCCUCCAGUUCGUUAGCCACGGAAUGGGUGAAGGGAAAGACGGUGGAGGAAGCCUUGACCAUCAAAAACACAGAUAUCGCCAAGGAACUGUGCCUUCCCCCCGUGAAACUGCACUGCUCCAUGCUCGCUGAGGACGCAAUCAAGGCCGCCCUGGCUGAUUACAAACUGAAACAAGCAGCCAAGAAAGAAGAGGCGGAGAAGAAAUGAGCGCUCCGCGAAGCUUCCAGCAGGGCGCUUCAGCUGCUUGCCCACCCGCCGUUGUCACUGUCACCGUCACCCUAGAUUUCAGAAAUUCCUGCACUACACUGAAAGAGCGAGGCCGUAUUCACAUUCGCUGUUCACGCUGUGGCUCUAACGCCAGCAGAAUACAGUUUUGUUGUUCUGAGCCCUGUGGUUUCUUUCAGCCCAAUUUACUGCCUUAACCCACUUUGUG